CGUGUUUAUCUGAUCAAAUUAAUCAUGCAAAUCUUCGUGAAAACCUUGACCGGCAAAACCAUCACUCUCGAGGUUGAAUCCUCUGACACAAUCGACAACGUUAAGGCUAAGAUUCAAGACAAGGAAGGAAUUCCUCCAGAUCAGCAGCGAUUGAUUUUUGCCGGAAAGCAGUUGGAAGACGGGAGAACUCUUGCGAAUUAUAAUAUCCAGAAAGAGUCUACUCUGCAUUUGGUUCUUCGUCUCCAUGGUGGAAUGCAGAUAUUUGUGAAGACGUUGACAGGGAAGACGAUUACUUUGGAGGUGGAGAAUUCAGAUACAGUUGAUAAUGUGAAAGCGAAGAUUCAGGAUAAGGAAGGGAUUCCACCUGAUCAACAACGUCUUAUCUUUGCUGGUAAACAACUUGAAGAAGGACGGACUCUUGCUGAUUAUAAUAUUCAGAAGGAGUCUACCCUUCAUCUUGUUCUCAGGCUCCGUGGUGGCAGUGAUGUAUAGAUUCAUAAGGUUCUCUGUUUAAGUUCCCUUAAUAUGUAAUGCUGUUGUUGAUGAUUAAAAAUUGAAUA